AUGGUUACUACUGAUAGUUCAGAAAUAAGUAAUUCUAUUAGAAAUGCUGUUCAUCAUUUAAAACAACUUGGUGAAUCAUUUCAAAUAAAUAUAUUUACUGAAGCUGAUUUAAAUAAUAUCGAUAAUGUCGCUGAUACACUUAUGGCAUUGGAAAAAGAAAUUUUAAAAUUAUAUGUCGAUUAUGAAACAGAAUCGAUUGAAUCAAGUCGACUUCGUCAUCGAUUAAAACUUUUGCCAACUACAAUUAAAAAUGAAAUUCAAGCGGCUGUUAAUAUGGCAAGAGAAUCGAAUGUAAGUGUUAUUCAAAAAUUACAAAACGAACUCGAUACACAACUUGAACAAGUACGUGAAUAUACUGAUCAAGAUAAACAAUUGAGUACUGCUAUCAAUACAUUACAAGCAGAGAAAAAUUCAUUACAACACCAAUAUGAUACGACAAUUACUGAAGUUAAUCAACGUGUAUCUGAGAAAGCUACAUUACAAAUUAGUUUAAAUGAAACAAGAGAUACUGUUCGAGAGACAAAUCAAUAUACAUUCGAUUUAGAAGAAGAUAUAAUGGUAUUAAAAGAAAGUUUAAUGCAAGAACGAAAUGAAGCUCGUCAAGAAAAAGUUCGUCUUGAAGAUGAAAUCGCAGUCACUUUCAAACGAUAUGAAGAACAACAAAAAGCAAAUGAUUUAUUAAAAAAAGAUGUCGAUACAGCUAAUCAUAAAGUAUCAGAAACUGAAUUACAAUUACGUACAAUGUAUCGAGAACGUGAACGAUUUGAUAAUGAUAAUGAUGAAAUAAAGAAAAAAAUUGAUGAACAAAAUGCACAAUUCGAAAUGGAACAACGAGAACAUGAUCGUUUAUUACAAGAACGACUUCAAUUUACUGAAUCAUGUGGUAUAGCAUUACUUGAUUAUCAAACUAAAAAAGCUUCACUUGAACAACGAGCAGCAACCGCUCAAGAACGAACAAAUGAAGAAACGGAAAAAUUAAAAACACUUAAACAAAAACAUGAAACAGUUGUUAAACAAAUUGAAGAACAUGUUGAAGUGUCAAAAAUUUUAGAAAAUACAAUAACAGAAACAGGAAAAGGAUUAGAAGAAAUAAAACAUGAUAUUGCAACAAAACUUGAAAAAACAGCUAAACUUAAUUUAGAUAAUGCUGAAACAACAAAAGAACUUGAAUCAAUGAGAGAAGCUCAUCAAAUGAUGGUUGAUUCAUUAAAAUUACAAAUGACAACACUUGAAAAAGAACUUCAAUAUAUUCGAAAUACUCGUAUAUCAAAACAAAAAGAACGUGAAACAUUACUUAAAACAAUUGAACAAAUAAAAUUAACAACAAGAAAUAAUGAUAUACGACAUAAUCGAUUUGUAACACAAACAACAACUAAAGUAACUGAUUUAAGUGAACGAAAAGUAAUACUUGAUCGAUAUGCUCGAGAAGAUCAAAUACAAAUCAAUCAACUUGGACAAAGACUUACAAAUUUAACAGAUGAAUAUCAUCAAAUGAAAAUACAAUUUGAACAACAAAUUAAACAUCUUGAAGACAUAACAGCACAAUUAUUAAUAGGAAUUGAUGUAAAUCGAAAGAAAAUCACUGAAACAACACCAGAAUUUGAACAUCUCAAAGAAGAACAUGAAAAAAUGACAACAAUUUAUGAAUCAACAAAAGAAACAAUGAUAGAAACAAAACGUAAAAAACAAGAAAUUCUUGAUAAAAUUUCAAAUAUACAACGUGAUAUUCGAGAAAAAAAUAGAUCACGUGAUAUAACAAUGUUAGCUGUUAAAGAAUGUCAACAAGAUACAAAACAACGUAUGGAAAAAGCACAUGAUAAUAUGUUAACACUUGAAGAAGAUAUUUAUGAAAAAGGUUGUCGAUUAGAAACAUUAGAAGAUGAAAAUGAACGAUUUCAAAAAACUAUUGAUUAUUUAAAUUAUCAAAUUGAAUUAUUCAAUCGUUUUUCUCAACAAUCUAAUGUUGAUAUCAAACAUCUUGAUGAAAAUAAUCUCGGCCUUCUUAAUAUUCUUGAAUCCGGUUGGAAUGAUGAUAGACAAUUAGAACAUAGAGCAGCAAAAAAAGAUUUACAAUAUAUUGAUGAUUUAACUGUUUUACUUCAACAUACUGAAAAACGAAAAGCAAAAGUUGGUACAAUUGUUCAUCGUCUUAUUGGAGAAUUACAACACUUAAAACAUUAUCUUGAAGGAAUGUCAAAUCCAUCGACACCUGCUAUAUCUAAUCCAGCACCUGAUCAUCCAUCACAAACAAUAUCAAAUAGUCAUCGUCGUAGUACAUCAGAAGAACGUAUUCAUUCAGCAGUCAUAUCACCAACAACAACACCAUUAGAUUCUACGAAAACACGACGAAGACCACAAUCAGCUAGACGUGGUGAUUUUUCAGCACCAACACCAAUUCAACUUACAGAUGAAGUUCGACAACGUGUAUCAAUAUUUGUUGAAGAUAAUUUUGAUAUUAAAUCAAUUAGUAGUAAAAAAUCAUCAAAAACUCAUAAUACAACAAGUCAAUCAACUGGUCAACGAUCAGCACGAACAGAUUUUUCAUCAUGGAAAUCAAUUGUUACUUCAGCACCAAGUCCAAUUGAUGAAAAUGAUCGAAGAAAAACAGCAACUAAUCCAAAAGUUGCUUUUGCUUGA